AUGCUCCUUGAACAGAAUCCCUCGGUCUCUUUGAAGCUCGCCAACCUGGCGCUUCUCAUCCUCUUCCUUGUCACAGCCGUCGCGUUGUCAAAGGCGAUAUACAAUGUGUAUUUCCACCCACUCGCUGGAUACCCAGGGCCAGUUGCCUACCGCGCCUCUGAAAUUCCUCGUCUCAUUCAAGAGGUAGCUGGCAACACGGUCCAUAAAUGGACUGAACUGCACGCCAAGUACGGACCUGUCGUCCGCAUUGCCCCUGGCCAGCUUUCAUAUAUCAGCAAUGAUGCCUGGAGGGACAUCUACGCAGCAAAAGGCACUGCCCAGUCUUUCGAACCGCCAAGGACGCCAGACCCCGCCAACGCCCAAGAGCAAGGGCUGCCCAGCUCAGGGAAGGCACGUCCGGCCAAGGCACCAAAGGCCAGGCAAAUGUCCAGGGAAGAGAUGACGUUCCCUGGCGACGACUUUGAGUUCUUCGGUGGCGAUGCCAAGCCCAUGAUAUCGUGCGACCCGGUCAACCACGCGCGGCACCGACGCAUCAUCGGGUCCGCCUUCUCAGACCCGGCCGUGCGGGCCUACGAGCCCGUCGUGACGGAGCGCACGACGCUUCUCCUCACACGGCUCGAGGAGCACUCGGCGAGGCAGCAGGCCGUGGACAUUGUCGACUGGUUCAACUUUGCCAUGUUCGACAUCACGAGCACCUUGUACGCGGCGUACCGAUCGCCAGUGCACUUUGCGGACCCGCUCGCCUUCGUGCCGGAGCGCUGGAUGGCGGGCGGCGGCGGCGGCGGCGGCACAGGGGAGGAGGAGGAGGAGGAGGCGGGUCGGUUCGCGGGCGACAACGUCGACGUGUUUCGGCCCUUCAGCUACGGGCCGCGCAACUGCGUCGGGCAGAACCUCGCGCUCCUCGAGGUCAGGCACGUCAUCGCGCGGCUGUACUGGCGCUUCGACGUCGAGGUCCUGCCUGGCCAGGAGAGCUGGGCCGUGUCGCAAAAGACAUACCUCUCCUGGGUCAAGCCGCCGCUUCUGGUGAGGCUGAGGGUUUCAAAGGGAGCGUCGUGA